AUGCGGUGUGCCCGCGUCACCCAGGGGCCGCUGCAGAGUAAGCCGCCCGCCCCCUCGGGUGCCCCCACGGGCAGUCUCAGAGGAGGCAGCUCCCCACCUCCCUGGGUCUGGGAGGUUUGGGACCUCCCCUCCCCCAACCCCGAAAACGGCCUGGCAGGGGACUUCAAAUUUCCAGUCCCCUUCCAUUUCACUGAGGGCAAUAUCGAGCCCCAAAGGAUGAACCCUUUGCCCUGUCUCUGGGAGCCCCCGCACUCUAAGGCCUCUAAAACCCUCCUGCCCAGACCCCCAGAGACCGCGUCCCUACGCGUCCCCCAGGUCGUUCCCAGGGAUCUCAACUCCGCUAAGGUCCGCCGGGGACCCCCUCGGAGCCCGACUCCCGCCUGCACGCCCGUGAACUUGGCCGGGAGCGUCUUCUCGAACGCGCGCGCCGGCUCGGAGCCUUUACCGGCCCAGGAUAUCCGAGGCCCCCAUCCGCCCUGCUCCCCCAAGAACAAAGCUGGCCGCCGCCCGGCCCCAGGGCCUCCUAAGGUCAGGUGUCAGGAGGCCCGGCACCCUUGCCCCUCCGACCCUCAGCCUGCGUCCCCGCCCCGCAGGGGCAUCUCGGCCCGCCCUCCCCCCGGCGGCCCCCGGCUGGCCUGGGACUUCUGGCCGCCGCAACAAUGGAGGGCCGGGCUGCAGAGGCCGGGGCGCCCGCCCCCCGGCCGCGAGCAGGUGCGCGUGGGGGCUGCGGCGGGUCCCGCCGCCGCCCCGCCCCGCCGCGCCCCCUCCCCGCGGGCGGCCCCCGCCCCGCUCGCGCCCCGGGCCGGCCCGGCGCCCGCGCUCACCUCGUUUUGGGGCCGCCGCCUUGUUUCCCCCUCUUCUGUCCAAAACCCGCCCGGAAAAGCCCCCCGAGCCGCGAGGCGCCGGCACGGGAAAUUGCAUUUUGGCGGCUCCGGGGCUGGGCGGGGGCUCCCCAGGCCGCGGGCAGGGGGAGGGGACCGCGGGGCUCCGGCGCCGGCUCGAACCCGCGGCCGCCGCCUCCCGCCCGCCCGCCUGUCUGUCUGUCUCGGUGACGUGCCCGCGCUCCCCGCCGCCGCCGCCCCCUCCCACCGCCCCGCUCCUGCCGGGCGGUGGGUCCAGCCGCGGCCGUGUGCGCCCCAAGGCCUCCCGCCAGGCGCAUCAGGAUGCAAGCGGGGAUGCCCACGGGACUCCAGGACGCAGCUCCCCGGCUCCGCGCAGGGGACACGGGGACACGGGGGCGCGAGCGGGCACACGCUGGAGCCCAGAUGCACGCAGACCUCAAAGGCGCACAAAGGCACGCGGACCACAAACACAGGGAAGGGUGUGCAAGGGACUUCCAGACACAAACCCGCCGGAGGGAAUGGCGAGUUCUUUACCACUAGUGCCACCUGGGAAGCCCACAGCGUCCAUAAAGACUCACAAAAUACAGGGAUGCUUGGAGCCAUGUGUACCUGGGACCAUCCAGUGUCUCAGCCCAGAAAGCCAAGCUCCAGCAGGCCCAGGAAGGUGGAUGCUCCCUUGGGAGCCCCCCAGAGGCCUUUGGGGUUCAGCCCUACUCUGUACCUGACUUCCCUGCAAAUGGGGGCUAAUUCCCUGGAGGAGAAGGAAGAGAAUGCGAGUAAACAGAUCCCUUUGAAGAAGCACUCAGGCCAGCGAACUUCCCACAGCCAGCAGCAGGGGGCAGCAGACUCCAGAGCCCUCCGGCUGCGGGAGCGCGCUGGCUCUCAAUUCCCUCUUCCUCCUAGCCGCUGAGGACUCUGCAUGGACCGCCCCCCCACCCCGCCCCCAGGCUGGAAUCGCUACUGCCAAAAUGCAGGGGCCCCCGCAGAAACAAACUUUUC